ACACUACGUAAUUGGAGCAGGAACCAGGAAGCGUCUGCGCAUGUACAGUAGUUAUUUAUCAUUUCUCUUAUCAGUGCGUUUAUGUUUACUUUGCAUUCUAGUUUCAAACAAUGAUGUUCGCUCAUUCAACGUUUUGUAAAAAUCAUGUCUUCAAACAAUUUAAAAAAGUAGUAUAUUUAAAGCUUCUUCGUAAUUGUUAUGGAACUCACAACAUAUCAACCAUUGGGUUCAUUGGGCUCGGAGCAAUGGGAAGUCGCAUGGCGAGAAAUCUACUGAAACAAUUUAAGGAUGUUUAUGUUUUCGACAUCAACAGUUCAGCCACUGCCAGCUUGGCGAAAGAAGGAGCUUCUGUGGCUAAAAACUUAGAUGAGUUCAGCAAGAUGGAUUGCAUCAUAAGUAUGCUGCCAGCUAACCAACAUGUGCUUGAUGUGUAUCAAGGGCCAAAUGGGUUAAUCAGUAAAGUGGGUGCUGAUACCUUGCUGAUAGACAGCAGCACUGUGGACCCUGAGGUACCUCAGCAGUUGGCAACAAUUGCUCAGCAGAGGAACAUUACCUUCGUGGAUGCUCCUGUGUCUGGAGGUAUAAAUGCGGCGGCAGCAGCUCAGCUAACGUUCAUGGUGGGAGGCAGUCCAGAAGGGGCCAAACGUGCUGAGCCUGUGCUACAGGCUAUGGGAAAGAAAAUCGUACAUUGUGGAGACAGUGGGAGUGGCCAGAUCGCCAAGAUCUGUAACAACAUGUUGCUGGGAAUCUCGAUGGUAGCUACAGCUGAGGCAAUGAACCUUGGAGUCAGGCUUGGAAUGGACCCAAAGUUGUUGGCUAGUGUGAUAAAUUCCAGUUCCGGCCGCUGUUGGUCAUCUGACACGUACAACCCAGUCCCUGGUGUCAUGGAUAGUGUGCCAGCCAGUAACAACUAUCAGGGUGGUUUUAUGUCCCACUUGAUCGUGAAAGACCUGAGUCUAGCUCACGCAGUUGCACAAAGAAGUGGUUCAUCAACACCGUUUGGGAAACAAGCACUAGAUAUUUACAAGAUGGUUUGUGAACAAGGAAAAGCAGAUCUGGAUUUCUCUGUGGUUUACCAAUAUAUUAAAGAAUUGCAAAAUAAAUAAAUAAAACAGAAAUUUUAAUUUUUUUACUGUA